AAUAUGACUGAUCCAAUUUGACAUGAUCACAUCAAAAGGAUUAUUGGAUCCUGGAAGCUGAUUUUAUUCAGUUGAUCUUAACUAGGUUUGAGUGAACAUCUGUGAAUUCUAUUGCCAUUUUCUUCAAUUCACAUGAGAAGAAAAAUGAGUGCUGCUGUGAAGCCAGUUCCUUUGACUUGCCCUGAAAAAACAAUAUGGGAAGACAGCAUUGGAAGUGUCACAGAUUUGGAAGCAGAUGAUGAAUGUUGUGAAGAUUUCUGCGGACUGAGACCAGGUGGAAAAUAUUUACAACUGGUAACAGACAAAGUGAAUCUUCACAGAGGAAAAACUGUGAAAUUGCAAAUGAACGUUCCGCUUACAAUUGGGGGCCUGGAUGAUACAAUUUAUUGGGGAAGGCUUGAUUUGCUUAAGUGUUGGCAGGAUCUCUACCUGCCCCAAAGAAUGGAUAUGGUGGUCCUGGGUGUGAUUGAAAGUUACCCGUGCCUGGCACCAGGGCUUCAGCUUGUCAUUCUCGCUGGAAAUGAUGGUUCAGUAUUUGCCUAUGAAGAAGAAGUGUUGCACAAAAUUGCUAAUAAUUUGGAAGAGCUCUUCUGUGAAGGUCCAGUGUUUCCUGGAACUAAAAUCUAUGAGUAUGGCAGAGGCUUCAGGCCAAAGAAUAACAAAGAAUAUAUGGCAGCCCUCAAAGAAGCUGGGUUGGAAAAGAUCUCCCAAGAUACAAGGAACUUCAUUAGCAGAAAUGCAACUGAAAUGAAGAAGCUGAUUGAUGACUUGGAUUUCUUGUAGUAUUGGAUCUCAGUCAGUGAGUGGAACAGUUGUUACUUCUCAGACAGCUGGGGUUUGUGCACAGUAUUUGGCACCUCAGGACACUGGAGCCAUUAAGUACAGUUUUUUUUUUGGAAACAGUCCAGUUUAUGCACAGUAACAUCUUUGGAUGGUGUUGUGACCAUGUCCUUGCAACUUGUCAACAUCCGCAAAGGAUAAUUUCUUCAUGGGUCUUAAAUAACUGACAGUGUGCUGCAACAUCUCAUUUGAAAAAUUGUAUUCCUGUGCUAGAGCAGCAUUGUGUGUUUUGUGAAUUGAAUGGGAAUGCUGUCUGAAAGAGUCCUUAUUUUCUUUUUGUUAAUGCAAGUAAAAAAUCAAUGUGACUUUGCAGCUAUGUACACAUUUUUAAAUAAAUAAACAAGAUGAAUCCUAA